UCUGACGUAUAACAAAAUGGCAGCGCCCAUGUUAAGAUGGGGACUCUUUCGAUGACUAAUUCAAUCUGAAUAUAAAAUAAUUUAGUUGAUUGUGGAUACUGUUAAUUAUUACAAAGUCUACAUGAUAAAGUCUUCUGGCUCAGCUGGUCCAUCGUCAUCCUCUCCUCAACAGAUGAAGGAAAACAACCACCCUUCCAGUGGCCAGGCGUUCCUGGACCAUAUCAAGCCAUGCUGGUACUGGGACAAGAAAGACCUGGCCCAUACUCCUUCCCAGUCAGAGGGCCUAGACCCAGCUACAGAGGCCCGGUACCGAAGGGAGGGAGCCCGGUUCAUCUUCGAUGUGGGGACAAGACUUGGACUACACUAUGACACCCUGGCAACAGGUAUCAUCUACUUCCACCGUUUCUACAUGUUUCACUCCUUCAAGCAGUUCCCCAGAUAUGUGACUGGUGCGUGCUGUCUCUUCCUGGCCGGGAAGGUAGAAGAGACUCCUAAGAAGUGUAAAGACAUAAUAAAGACAGCUCGCAGCUUACUGAACGACAUACAGUUUACCCAGUUUGGAGAUGACCCAAAGGAUUUCCGUCAUCAACAGGAAGAGGUUAUGGUCUUGGAAAGGAUUUUGUUACAGACAAUCAAGUUUGACCUGCAAGUGGAGCACCCAUACAUGUUCCUCCUGCGAUACGCCAAGCAGCUCAAAGGUGUGAAAGGUGACAAAAACAAAGUUCAGAAGCUAGUACAGAUGGCGUGGACCUUCGUCAAUGACAGUCUGUGCACCAUGUUGUCCCUGCAGUGGGAGCCAGAGAUCAUCGCGGUAGCGGUCAUGUACCUGGCCGGGCGGCUGUGUAAAUUCGACAUCCAGGAGUGGACGUCCAAGCAGUCGUCACGCAGGUGGUGGGAGCAGUUUGUCCAGGACGUCCCUGUGGAGCUUCUUGAAGACAUCUGCCACCAGAUCCUGGACCUGUACUCCCAGGGGAAGACACCCAUUCCGCCAGGCCUGGAGAAGGAGACCCAACAAAGAGGACCCCCUCAGCCCCCUGGCCCAGCCCCUCCACAGGCCCCGUCAUCCGGGGCUGGCCCCCCACUACCACCGCCCCCACCGCCCAAGGAUUCGCCCCAGGGCAGUCCCCAGCGCCAGCUCAAACGACCACUUAAUUCCCCAAAAGAGGAAGCCAAACCACCAGAACAAGUGGGUUCUAAGAUUCCUCGCCUGGAGAGCCCAAUGCCUCCCCUGCCCACUUCACAACCCCCCCCUGACCGGAAGGCCCCCCCAGCUCCUCCAGAAGCUGAGCCGCCGCCGGCGAGCAGCGAGCCCGCCCCGCCACCCCCAAACCACGCCCCCCCACCGCACCAGCCCCCGCCCCUGCCUCAUCGCCCCCCACCCCCCCCGCCCUCCAGCUACAUUAUGGGUAUGUCUACCUCCAGCUCCUACAUGUCUGGGGAGGGCUUCCAGAGCCUGCAGUCCAUGAUGAAGACGGGGGAGCCCUCCUACGCCCCCAUGCCCCCCAACUACGGGCCCCCCAUGCCUUACCACCCGCACGUCUACCCCGGCGCCCCUCCUCCCGGGCCCCCGCCCAGCGCCUACCCACCCCCUAACCUGCCCCCUCCCUCCCCGGCAUACCCCCCGCCAGGCUACAACAGCUACCCCGAGUACCCUCCCCCUCCUCCGCGUAUGCCCCCGGGUCACGGGGUGCCGCCCCCUGGGAUGGGGAUGCCCCCCGGGGCGUACCCCCCACCGCCAGGCCAGCCCCAGGUGCCCCUGCCGCCGCCCGGCAUGGCGAUGAACCGCGGCGGCUGGAUCAGAUGAGAAGGAGCGGAGGUGCGGGAACAGGGGGCCGUGUGUCGUAUCCACGAGGCCCCCGGCCCAGGGAGGGACUGGUUAGACUCGUCCGUUAAGAAUAUGCUUGUUUUCAGUUGCUAAAUCUUUUGGUGUCGUGUCCCUGACGAAUAUGACUUUGGCGUCCGCUGGAGAUCUCAACGGACGAUGGAAAGCGCCUUGCGGAGGAAUUCCUGUUGUUCUACAGUGUCUCGGCUGUUCUGAGUCCCCAGACCUGGAAAGGCUACUGCCUCUGGGGUCUGUCCUUCCAUUCAGUUGCACAGACAGCCCGACUUUGAUCAUUUUCAUUUGGUUAUUGGUAUUUUGACCGGUGUGGACGGUGUGAUGUGACUGAGUCGGAUUGGUUGUAGUGUUAGUGGGUAAAAAAGGUCACAUUUUGGCUGCUACUGCCGACACAGCCAGAGAUGCUAUUAGUUCCACAUUCCAAAUAGUUAUUUAUGAGACAGAUGAUAUGGAAUUCUUGGAAAUAGUCUUAUAUGGAAUUCUUGGAAUAGUCUUGUAUGGAAUUCUUGGAAUAGUCUGAUAUAUUUUAAGAAACAUUGAAAGGAAAUACAUUUAUAUUUAGAUUACAUUCUGAUUUAAUGCUUGUUUUUGCUUUCAUUCUUUGUCUUUGUUGAAAAAAGAAAAAACAGUACUGUAAUAAUUUUACCUUGUGCGUGUGCGUGUGGAAAGCAAGUGGUUGCAUUGCAAAAAAUACCAAACAUUUCUAUCCUUAUUCAUUAAUUUAGCUGUGUGAAUAUUGGUUAACCUGUGAGAUGAAUUGGUCUGGAUUAAAUCGGCGUGACUACAGUAAUAGUUGAUGGCAGUGGUGAACUGAAAGGCAUUGGUUACCCACCCGAGGGACUUUACAUCACACCAGGUAUAGAACACUGGACAUCAGGGGUAUAUAUGUACAUAGUGAUUAACUUUGGGGAAUCUUGAGCGAUGGAUCUUCUUAGAGAGCUUAUAUCAAUUUGUGCCUUAGUGAGGCUUUACUUUAUAAGAAGUAUUGUAUGCUAACUGCGCACACGCGCACACACACACACACAUAUUUGCUUUUGUAUCUUGUAGGCACUUGGGAUAAUAAAAACUUUUUUUUCCUACUUUGAAAAACGUGUUGUCUUUGUGACUGUUGAGUGCAGUGCCUGGAUGAAUUCUAACCUAGGCUUGAUACACGCUGUAGUGUUUUAUUUUUUGCUAACAUGCUGGCAUUACCUUCCCACUAACAUUAAAAUUGUAAUUUAAAGGCUGAACUUCCCUAUAAACAUGAGUGGAUUGAA